ACCCACUGUGUGCCAGGGGCAGGCCUCAACCCUCACUGUGACCCUAGAGCUACUUAUUAAUAGGAUGUGUUUUUCAGAGACUAGGAAACAGCCUCUGGGAGGGCAGCCCGCAUGGCAGGAGGGAGCCCAGGACUGCUUACUCCCCGGCCAGCUGCCCGUGUCCCCUCCCUGUCUGGCAGGCCCAAGGACUCAGGCCUGGGCCUUCAUCCUGGGCCGGGGCAGGCAGGAGACACUGUAAUUCCAGCCACUGCUCCCACCCACCACCCGCCCCUCCUUCAUCUCAGCCUGGGGAAGCCCGGCUCGCCUGGGCCGCCAACAAUGCCUCCCAUUCAGCCCGUUCCCAGCUGCCAGGCCUGUGGGCUACAGAGGGGGCUCCCGCCAGGCAGGGACGGCCUUUCCUGCUCUGUGCCUCCAGGCUGGACCGGCAGUUUUAGGCGGCAUGGAGGGGCCCCAGAGCUCCACCCAUGUCUCCUUGGUGCUGCUGCUGCUGGUCCUGCUGUUGCUGGGCUCAGCUAGGCAGGCAGCUGCCCAGCGCUGCCCACAGGCCUGCAUCUGUGACAACUCCAGGCGGCACGUUGCCUGCCGGUACCAGAACCUCACCGAGGUGCCAGACACCAUCCCUGAGCUGACCCAGCGGCUGGACCUGCAGGGCAACUUGCUGAAGGUGAUCCCCGCAGCCGCCUUCCAGGGUCUGCCCCACCUCACACACCUGGACCUGCGUCACUGCCAGGUGGAGGUGGUGGCUGAGGGUGCCUUCCGUGGCCUGGGCCGCCUGCUCCUGCUCAACCUGGCCUCCAACCACCUGCGCGCACUGCCCCAGGAGGCGCUGGACGGGCUGGGCUCGCUGCGGCGUUUGGAGCUGGAGAGGAACGCGCUGGAGGAGCUGCGGCCGGGGACAUUCUGGGCGCUGGGCGCGCUGGCCACGCUGAACCUGGCCCACAACGCCCUGGUCUACCUGCCCGCCAUGGCUUUCCAGGGGCUGCUGCGCGUCCGCUGGCUGCGGCUGUCACACAAUGCGCUCAGCGUGCUGGCCCCCGAGGCCCUGGCUGGCCUGUCCACCCUGCGCCGGCUCAGCCUGCACCACAAUGAGCUCCAGGCCCUGCCCGGGCCCGCCUUAUCCCAGGCCCGCGGCCUGGCCCGUCUGGAGCUGGGCUACAACCCGCUCACCUACGCCGGCGAGGAGGACGGGCUGGUGCUACCCGGCCUGCGGGAGCUGCUGCUGGACGGCGGGGCCCUGCAGGCCCUGGGUCCCAGGGCCUUCGCGCACUGCCCGCGCCUGCACACCGUGGACCUCCGCGGGAACCAGCUGGACACCCUGCCCCCGCUGCAGGGCCCGGGCCAGCUGCGCCGGCUGAGACUGCAGGGGAACCCGCUGUGGUGCGGCUGCCAGGCGCGGCCCCUACUGGAGUGGCUGGUGCGGGCGCGCGUGCGCUCCGACGGCGAGUGCCGGGGACCGCGGCGCCUGCGGGGCGAAGCUCUGGACGCCCUGCGGCCCUGGGACCUGCGCUGCCCGGGAGAUGCGGCGCAGGAAGAGGAAGAGCGGGAGGAGCGGGCUGGGGCCGGACCCCGCGCCCCUCCGCGCGGCCCCGGGGAGGAGGAGCAGGCGGUUGUGCCCUGUCCUGGCGCCUGCGUGUGCGCCCCCGAGUCCCGGCAUAGCAGUUGCGAGGGCUGCGGCCUGCAGGCGGUGCCCCGCGGCUUCCCCAACGAUACCCAGCUCCUGGACCUGAGGCGGAACCACUUCCCCUCGGUGCCCCGAGAGGUCUUCUCCGGCCUGGGCCUCCUGGUGUCGCUGCACCUGCAGCACUGCGGCAUCACAGAGCUGGAGGCGGGCGCCCUGGCGGGGCUGGGCCGCCUGAUAUAUCUGUACCUCUCCGACAACCAGCUCGCAGGCCUCAGCGCUGCUGCCCUCGAAGGGGCGCCCCGCCUUGGCUACCUGUACCUGGAGCACAACCGCUUCCUGCAGGUGCCGGGGGCUGCCCUGCGUGCCCUGCCCAGUCUCUUCUCCCUGCACCUGCAGGACAACGCUGUGGACCGCCUGGCACCCGGGGACCUCGGGGGAACACGGGCCUUGCGCUGGCUCUACCUGAGUGGAAACCGCAUCACCCAAGUGUCUCCCGGGGCGCUGGGCCCAGCUCGGGAGCUGGAGAAGCUGCACCUGGACAGGAAUCAGCUGCGAGAGGUGCCCACUGGGGCCUUGGAGGGGCUGCCUGGCCUCCUGGAGCUGCAACUCUCAGGCAACCCACUCAGGGCCUUGCACGACGGGGCCUUCCAGCCUGUGAGCAGAUCGCUGCAGCACCUCUUCCUGAACAGCAGUGGCCUGGAGCAGAUUUCUCCUGGGGCCUUUUUAGGCCUAGGGCCGGGGCUCCAGAGCCUGCACCUGCAGAAGAACCAGCUUCAGACCCUGCCUGCCUUGCCCAGUCUCAGCCAGCUGGAACUCAUGGACCUCAGCGGCAAUCCCUUCCACUGUGACUGCCAGCUGCUCCCGCUGCACAGGUGGCUUACUGGGUUGAACCUGAGGGUGGGGGCCACCUGUGCCACCCCUCCCAGUGCCCAUGGCCAGAGGGUGAAGACUGCAGCUGCUGUCUUUGAAGCCUGCCGGGGCUGGGCUGCCAGGAAGGCCAAGCAGACACCAGCCUCUGGGCCCAGCGCCAGGACAACCCCCACCAAAGGAAGGCAGCGGGGAGCAGAUAAGGUGGGGAAGGAGAGGGGCCGUCUCUGAGCAAGCAGCAGGCUGGUCCUGCCUCGACCCAGCCCGGUGGCUCUUACUCUCGCCAGGAGUGGACUCCGAUGAGAUCUUCCUGGUGCCCUGAGGGUCGUCCUCCAGCAGGGGCUUCUUGGACCCUGGUCUGAGGGGCCGUGUCUUGGUCGGUGGGAUUCUUUUCCCUUUGAAUAAAAGUGGAUUCAAACCCA